CCGCCCUCUGAAAAUCAAAAAGUGCACAAGGAAAUUUCACCGAGGAAAUCGGGAUGUUUCAUCAGCCUAUGGAAGUCAGCAGUAUUUUGUCGUGCGGUGUGGCUAGAUCCUCCGAACACUUCAGAGUGAAGAGUAACGGUAAAGUAGCUUGAAAACAUCACACAUUUUACUGAAAAGAUCUCUCCUGCUGCAUCUCAGCUCGUGACGCAUUUUCACUGCUCUGAUCAGCAACUGAUCACAGCCUCGGCCCCCGCUCCCUCCACAGACAACCAUGGUAGAAAAAAUGGCCUCCUUCGGCCGGAUCCUGCUGCGACGCAGGGCACUGGAUUGUUCCGAUGAGGGAACACGCUUUGCUCGCUGCCUCUCCACACUGGACCUGGUGGCCCUGGGGGUGGGCUCCACCCUGGGGGCAGGGGUGUACGUCCUGGCUGGUGAAGUGGCCAGGGAGAAGGCUGGCCCUGCCAUCGUUCUCUGCUUCCUCAUCGCUGCACUCUCCUCUAUGCUGGCCGGACUCUGUUAUGCCGAGUUUGGCGCCCGCGUACCCAAGACGGGUUCGGCGUACCUGUACAGUUAUGUGACGGUUGGUGAAAUCUGGGCCUUCAUCACGGGAUGGAACCUCAUCCUCUCCUAUGUCAUCGGUACAGCCAGUGUGGCCCGAGCCUGGAGCUCUACAUUUGAUAAUCUAGUGGAGGAGAAGAUCUCUUUCUUCUUCAGGUCUUCCAUGGCCAUGAAGGUCCCGGGGGGCGUGCUGGCUGAAUACCCUGACCUGUUUGCACUCAUCAUCGUGCUCCUAUUAACUGGGCUGCUGGCAUUUGGAGUGAGUGAGUCUGCCUUGAUCAAUAAGAUUUUCACUGGGGUCAACCUGGUGGUGCUGGGCUUCAUCAUCAUCUCAGGCUUUGUGAAGGGAGACCCAGACCACUGGAACCUCACCCUGGAGGACUUUGUUAAUACCUACCCCAACCACACCAACACCUCCAGCAUAUCCCAGGAGGUUGUGGAUAAGAUGUUUGGCUCGGGUGGUUUUGCUCCUUUUGGCCUCAGUGGCAUUAUGUCCGGUGCUGCUACCUGUUUCUACGCAUUCGUCGGUUUCGACUGCAUCGCCACGACCAGCGAAGAGGCUAAGAACCCCAUGCGUUCCAUCCCCGUGGGCAUCGUGGCCUCUCUGCUCAUCUGUUUCUUCGCCUACUUCGGGGUGUCUGCAGCUCUCACCCUCAUGAUGCCUUACUACAUGCUGGACACCCAGAGCCCCCUGCCAGAGGCCUUCAACUACGUGGGCUGGGAUCCUGCUCGCUACAUCGUGGCUGUGGGUUCCCUCUGUGCGCUUUCCACCAGCCUGCUUGGGUCCAUGUUCCCCAUGCCGAGGGUGAUCUACGCCAUGGCAGAGGAUGGGCUCCUGUUCCGUGGUCUGUCCCGCAUGAACACGCGCACCAAGACCCCCCUGAUGGCCACUAUAGUCUCUGGCUGUGUGGCAUCUCUGAUGGCCUUCCUCUUUGACCUGGCUGCCCUGGUUGAUCUCAUGUCCAUAGGGACACUGCUGGCCUACUCACUAGUGGCCAUCUGUGUGCUUAUCCUUAGGUACCAGCCCGGCACCCUGAGCUCAUCCAGUCAGACAGAAAAGCUAGUGGAGCUGGUUGGAGGGGAGAAGGUGGCCCGGGGGGACAGUGGAGAUGAGUACGGCCUGGAUCUGGAGGACCGCCCCGUCAGGGAAAAAUUCACCCCCUGCCUCCUCCUCUUCCCCAGUGGUGCCUUACCUACCAAGACCUCGGGGAACAUCGUCUAUGCCACCACGGCCAUUAUCUCGGUGCUCAUCACUGUGCUGUGUGUGGUGCUGGCAGGGAAGCUGGAUGAGUUGAUGGAGGUUCAGCCUGUGUGGGUCACAGUGUGUGUAGUCCUGGCCUUGCUCUGUGCCCUUUGUGUCAUUAUCAUCUGGAGACAACCAGAGAGCACGGAAGCCCUCACCUUCAAGGUGCCCCUGCUGCCUUGGCUGCCUCUGUUCAGUGUCUUUGUCAACAUCUACCUCAUGAUGCAGCUGGACCUGGCUACGUGGUGCCGUUUCGCUGUGUGGAUGGCCAUUGGAUUCGCAAUCUACUUCUUUUAUGGGAUCUGGCACAGCAGUGCGGCAGCCAGCAGCACCCGUGGGAAAUAUGAGCCUGCCCUCCAGACCAAGAAGAAGCACAUCUACCUGGGGGGAGACGAGAGUGAGGUGGAGGGGAUGAGCCCCUGAACAGCUGGAUGAAACCCCACACAUAAUACCUCUGCAGUGAAGGCAGACAAUUCAACUGAUUGACACUACAAUUCAUCUGUUUUCUUUUCCAUUUUUGGGAUAUCUCUGUUUUAAGCUUUAUUGGACAUUUGAGGAAUUAUAUUUUUAACAGUUGAAACAUUGCUAUUAACAUUACUAGUGAUUUUAUUUAUUAGAAGUUAGUCUCUUCCAAUUUUGAUUGUGUCUGUGCCUCUAAUUAUUAGCUCCUGGUGUCCAGCAGCCAUAUGAACUGCAGCUGGCCAGGACUGUUGGUUAGGGCCAUGUGUAAACAGAGUGGGUCUAUGGGGUUUACAAUCUUGGUCAGAACCUCUGUGUACUUGGGUCAACAGCACAGGGUUAGUGGAUCAAGGCCUGAUGCAGGUGUUUUGGGGAUCGCUGGCGUAGACAAACUGUCCUCCAUCACCUGUCACAGAGCAAUGUAUUUAACAGUAGGGCCUUGUGGCAGAAACAAGUAUUUAUUGUUGGUGUCCGCUUGUUCUGUAAGAUGAAAUAUCACCACAGAGAUGUGGGAACUAAAUAUCCGAAAGGCAUUGAUGAACGAUCUGUUGCCAGUGAUGUCUUUGUCAUUGAAAAUGUUUUUAAACGUAUGGUAAAAUAGCCCAAGUAAUGAUGUAAGUUAUUGUCUGGUUAGUCCCUGUGUAACUGAAGCAGUAUAUGCACAUUAGGUUCAUCCAAAGAAUACAUGGAGAUAUUGUAGCUAAACCUUAAAGUUGCUGAAAUGACAUCCUGGCACCACUACAUUUACAGUGGGGGAAAAAAGUAUUUAGUCAGCCACCAAUUGUGCAAGUUCUCCCACUUAAAAAGAUGAGGCCUGUAAUUUUCAUCAUAGGUACACUUCAAUUAUGACAUACAAAAUGAGAAAACCACAUUGUAGGAUUUUUAAUGAAUUUAUUUGCAAAUUAUGGUGGAAAACUUUUGUUAUUGACCAAAUACUUAUUUAUCUCAAUACUUUGUUAUAUACCCUUUGUUGGCAAUGAGAGGUCAAACGUUUUCUGUAAGUCUUCACAAGGUUUUCACACUGUUGCUGGUAUUUUUGGCCCAUUCCUCCAUGCAGAUCUCCUCUAGAGCAGUGACGUUUUGGGGCUGUUGCUGGGCAACACGGAUUUUCAACUCCCUCCAAAGAUUUUCUAUGGGGUUGAGAUCUGGAGACUGGCUAGGACACUCCAGGACCUUGAAAUGCUUCUUACGAAGCCACUCCUUCGUUGCCCGGGCGGUGUGUUUGGGAUCAUUGUCAUGCUGAAAGACCCAGCCACGUUUCAUCUUCAAUGCCCUUGCUGAUGGAAGGAGGUUUUCACUCAAAAUCUCACGAUACAUGGCAGCAUUCAUUCUUUCCUUUACACGGAUCAGUCGUCCUGGUCCCUUUGCAGAAAAACAGCCCCAAAGCAUGAUGUUUCCACCCCCAUGCUUCACAGUAGGUAGGUAUGGAUGCAACUCAGCAUUCUUUGUCCUCCAAACACGACGAGUUGAGUUUUUACCAAAAAGUUAUAUUUUUGUUUCAUCUGACCAUAUGACAUUCUCCUAAUCUUCUGGAUCAUCCAAAUGCUCUCUAGCAAACUUCAGACGGUCCUGGACAUGUACUGGCUUAAGCAGGGGGACACGGAUUUGAGUCCCUGGCGGCGUAGUGUGUUACUGAUGGUAGGCUUUGUUACUUUGGUCCCAGCUCUCUGCAGGUCAUUCACUAGGUCCCCCCGUGUGGUACUGGGAUUUUUGCUCACCGUUCUUGUGACCAUUUUGACCCCACUGGGUGAGAUCUUGCGUGGAGCCCCAGAUCGAGGGAGAUUAUCAGUGGUCUUGUCUUCCAUUUCCUAAUUGCUCCCACAGUUGAUUUCUUCAAACCAAGCUGCUUACCUAUUGCAGAUUCAGUCUUCCCAGCCUGGUGCAGGUCUACAAUUUGUUUCUGUUGUCCUUUGACAGCUCUUUGGUCUUGGCCAUAGUGGAGUUUGGAGUGUGACUGUUUGAGGUUGUGGACAGGUGUCUUUUAUACUGAUAACAAGUUCAAACAGGUGCCAUUAAUACAGGUAACGAGUGGAGGACAGAGGAGCCUCUUAAAGAAGAAGUUACAGGUCUGUGAGAGCCAGAAAUCUUGCUUGUUUGUAUGUGACCAAAUACUUAUUUUCCACCAUAAUUUGCAAAUAAAUUCAUAAAAAAUCCAACUAUGAUUUUCUGGAUUUUUUUUCUUCUCAUUUUGUCUGUCAUAGUUGAUCUGUACCUAUGAUGAAAAUUACAGGCCUCUCAUCCUUUUAGGUGAGAGAACUUGCACAAUUGGUGGCUGACUAAAUACUGUUUUUCCCCACUGUAGCUGGCUGCUGCUGUGUCAUCUUAAUUUGAUAUUUUGGGCCGUACUGUACUCUUGUCCCCCCCCCCACACCCUUCAUGUAUCUCUGUUUAUCUCACUGGAGUUUGUCUUUACAAAUCAGAACUACCCUUUUUAUAUGAACAUACUUGAGUUUGAGUUCUCUGCCUGCCUCCAAUGCUUGAGCUGUCUCUACAGAUGUUUAAUAAAGACCAGUACCCUGGGGGUCUAUUCAGUGGCUCUGUGUUGAAUCUUAAAGGCAGUGACUUUAGUCCUGGUCAUGCACUACCACUGAUGGAGCUUUAGUUGUAGAUUCUUGUGAAAACAUGUUAGCAAAUGUUUUUUUAGUUUCCGUUGAAACUUGUUCUUGGAAGCUUAGCUGUCGAGUUUGCAUCAUUUUAUCUGAACAUUCUAUUCUGUAGAAUUGUUUUAUAUGUAGUUAUUUUAUGCUUUUCAAAUUAAGUUAAUCAAGUAAUGUUCUUUUUAUAGAUGUUAUUGUAUUCUUACAUGUACAGUUUUUAAAGUACUCUUGACGACCCCCUUUAAUGAUUUACUUUAUAUAGCAAAACUUUUGCACCACCAAAUGAUUGAGACUUCAACUUGUGAUUCCAUUUGCUAUUAAUCACUAGUUGUGGUGCUGCUUGACCAAAAUGCAGUGUGCAUUGGAGACACUAGGUCAAGAACAUGAGGAAUUUGACCAGCAAAAUCUGCUCUCUAAAUCUGAAGUAUAUUUGUGCUCAUCUGUAAAGACAUUGGAAUUGGUGAGGAUAAUUGAGUUCUAUGGUUUGUUAAAGGAAAAUACCAUGCAAAACCUGAUGCAUUAUAUGAUGCAAAAUGCAUCAUAACAACUGUAUUUAGAAAAUGAUAUCUUAAGUUAAUUGUUGCUUUGCAAAAGAUGUUGGGCCAAUGUCAACAAUGGACUAAUGAAACAAAUACCAAAAUA